GUCUAAAAAUAACCCGUGUCAACUAGAGAGGGAGAGAAGAGAGAGGCGAUAUAUACACACACAACUAGCACACGUUGUGACAGUGUCGAUUUCAUGUGUGUUUCUGUUUGAGCAGGAAGUGGGAUGAAACAUGUUAAUACCAUGAUGUGAAUUUCUAGCUGGUGAUGGAAGUAUCUGAGAAGAAAACACAACCGGCUUCGACUUUGGAACACACGAUGUAGACAGACACGGUCCGUUUUUUUAUAGCACUGGACAAAGUCAUCAUGGCAGCAAAGUCACCUGAGAUGGUGUUAAACAAAAUCUAUCUGGACCUCUUGUGCGAUUCCAUGAAGAGGCUGUGGACCACGGGUGACCAUUCUGACGUCACAAUCGAAGUGGGCGAGAAAACCUUCAAUUGUCAUAAAAGCAUCCUAGCAGCAAUGUCGCCAUACUUUGACGCCAUGUUUAGCUCGGGCAUGCGCGAAAGCAUUAGUGGUCAAGUGACGUUUCCGGAAAUGGACCCUGAUCUGUUUGAAAUCGUUUUGAGUUUUAUGUACACCGGUAAAGCGGAGGAAGUGAUGACGACUGACAACGCCGUGGAGCUGCUACACAUCGCGGCGGUGUUGCAAAUCAAAGCUUUGCAGGGAAUCAUUGAAGAGUUCCUCCACCCGCAUCUUACCAACGAAAAUUGUCUGAAGGUCUGGCGAUUGUCCGUCUUGCACGAUUGUCACACACUGACGGAGAAAUCCGUUCAACUGAUUGCCCGGAACUUUAAGGAAAUCAUCACAAAUGAGGAAUUCUGGGAGUUGGACGGCCGUGAGGUGGCGUCCAUUAUUAAGGAGGAUACGCUAGACAUCGACAGCGAGGAUCAGCUCUGUGAUCUCGUCAUCAAGUGGAUCGAACGAGAUGUCGAGAAACGGAAGGAGAGCUGCGGGAUCUUGUUCGAACAAAUUCGGCUUGCCUUUCUGACGCCGGAAUACUUGGUGAAUCUAGAAGAAAAACACGAGUUUCUAAAAGAAGACCUCGCGUGUAUGAAAUUCAUCAACGAGGCAAAGUCUUUCAAACUCUUACCCGCGCGGCAGCAGGAGGCACAAGGGAAGCAAACGUGUCUACGCUUGACGGCCAGUCAGGAGGAAGUGCUAGUGCUACUUGGUGGGUGUGAAUCGACCACGCCCCCCUAUGUUCGUUCAUUAGGAGUGAUAUGUUACAGUUUUUACAGAAAAGAGUGGUUCUCCAUCGCCGCUCUGCCGUAUGAUCCCGGCAUCGAGUUCGCCUCCUGCACCUAUCAAAACGACAUAUAUAUAAACGGGGGCGGAUCCAUGCAAAAGUGUCUCUUGUGGUACGACAGCAGCAAGAAUAAGUGGCUCCAGAACGAGUGCAUGGGGUACGGACGACGCCGCCAUGCGAUAGUCGCUGUCACCGGGGCGCUUUAUGCGAUCGGUGGCUAUGACAACAAGCUUGACGACGGACAUCGUAUGUUGUCAAGCAUUGAACGCUACAUCAUUGAAGAAGACCAAUGGGAGAUGGCGGGCGACCUGCCUAUUGCCGUCAGUUCCUUCUCGGCUGCUGUAGUGGGCGAGUCUAUUUACAUCUUCGGGGGCGAAAAGAAUGACAGAAAAGACACAGCAUUUAUUCAGUGUUACGAGACGCGCACAAGACAAGCGACGAAAGUGGAUGCCAAAAUACCGAUGGCGUGUAAACUGACUAAAUCCAUCACGUGUGAUAAGCGCAUUUUCCUGAUUUUCUUCGACGGUCGGGUCGUUGAGUAUGUAAAAGACAGGAAAGAUACGGCUAAGAAGCCGUUCUGUCGAACUGUGGGCCGACUGACAGCGUUUCAACGGAUUCACUUCGGCGUGAUACAGCACCGGGGAAACGUCAUAGUCUUGGGCGGGGAGAUCGACAACGCAACACUAUGUAGCGAUCUGAUCAUGUUCGACCCUUCCACGACAGGAUGUACGAAACUGAGGGACACCCUGCCCAAACCGAGGCUGAUCGACGGCUGCGUGAAGGUCGCUAUUCAGAAGAAGUAUUUACAGACGCUUAAGGAGGAUUCCCCGAAAUCGACUCGCAGAUAACGCACGUUCCCCUCUGCAACGUUUGCAGUUAAUGUCGGUGCGCGUUAUAUAAGUCGCAUUUUCUAGUACUUGAAAUUGUUCAGCUAAUAAACCAAAAAAAAAAAACAAACCCAACAUAUUAUUUAUCGAAAUCAGGUCUGUUGGUAUUCAUUAAACAUGCAUAUUUUUGUACCACACGACCAGUUAUAUUUUUUCAACUUCAGUCAAAUAGAAUCAUGUUAUCGAAGUUGUACUUGAAAAUGACUUGAAAAUGUAUUAAACUGUUACAGAUCUUCCAAAGUUGUAUAUGUACGUCUGUUGUCUUCAGACAGUUGUUUUUUAAGUUAGUUCAACUUUAAAGGCUGUGAACAUACAAAACAUCUUUGGGUUUAUAUAUAUAGAUAUACAUUGUACAUCUGUAUUUUAUUUAUUUUUAUUUAUUAGAUUUUGCCUAGACAAGCGAUUGUUGGUAUGUUUAAUCAGAGAUGUGUGUAGACUCGGCUAAACAAACACUCUGCCAAGUCUGUAGUGUUAUUAUAUGCCUCUGUAUUUUAUUUUUUGAUAAAUAAAACAAAAUAUUACAAGUA